AUGCCUUACCCAUUGAAGGAAUCAGAUGAGCUAAUUUUCUUUGUGAAUGGGAGGAAGGUGACAGAGAAGAAUGUGGAUCCCGAAGUGACCCUGCUGGCCUUCUUGCGAAAGAACUGGAUCCUUUGAAAAAAAAAAAUAUGCCUCACUGGUACCAAGUACGCCUGUGGGAGAGGAGGCUGCGGCGCCUGCACUGUGAUGGUGUCUAAGCAUGACCCAGUGUCCAGGAAGAUAAGACACUUCUCUGUCACCUCAUGCCUGGUGCCCAUCUGCUCUCUGUAUGAGGCGGCGGUCACUACAGUAGAAGGUGUUGGAAGUAUCAAAACCAGACUCCACCCUGUGCAGGAGAGAAUUGCCAAGAGCCAUGGCACCCAGUGUGGCUUUUGCACCCCUGGGAUGGUGAUGUCUAUGUAUGCGCUGCUCAGGAACCAUCCACAGCCCUCCGAGGAGCAGCUCAUGGAAGCCCUGGGAGGAAAUCUGUGCCGCUGCACCGGGUAUAGACCAAUUCUCCAGAGUGGCAGGACUUUCUGCAAGGAAGCAGAUGGCUGUCAGCAGCAAGGAACAGGACAAUGCUGUCUGGACCAGAGAGAAAACGAGUGCCCCUCACUUGACAGCAAAAGCGACAUGUGCACAGAGCUUUUUGCAAAAGAAGAGUUCCAGCCCUUGGAUCCAACCCAGGAGCUCAUAUUUCCCCCAGAACUCUUGAGAAUGGCAGAGAACCCAGAAAAACGGACCCUGACCUUCUCUGGAGAAAGAGUUACCUGGAUCUCCCCAGGGACCCUGCAGGAUCUCUUGGAGCUGAAAGUGAAACACCCCGAAGCCCCCCUCAUCCUGGGCAACACCUCCCUGGGACCUGCAAUGAAAUCCAGAGGACACUUUUACCCGAUUCUCCUCUCCCCUGCUAGGAUUCCUGAGCUGAAGAUGGUCACUAAGACCGGUGAUGGUCUGACUAUCGGUGCUGGUUGCAGCCUGGCACAAGUGAAGGACAUCUUGGCUGAAAGCAUCUCUGAGCUCCCAAAGGAGAAAACUCGGACCUACCAGGCCCUCCUGAAGCACCUGUGGAGCCUGGCAGGCCAGCAGAUCCGGAAUAUGGCAACCUUGGGGGGCCAUGUGAUAAGCCGGCACUGCUAUUCAGACCUGAAUCCAAUUCUCUCUGCGGGUAAGGCUGCCCUCAAUUUGCUGUCGGAAGAUGGUCCACGGCAGAUUCCCCUCAACGAUCAUUUUCUUGCUGGGGUAGUGAGUGCAGACCUUAAGCCAGAGGAGAUUUUGGAAUCUGUAUACAUCCCUCACACCCAAAAGUGGGAAUUUGUGGCUGCUUUCCGACAGGCUCAGUGCCAACAAAAUGCCUUGCCCGAUGUGAAUGCUGGCAUGCGGGUCCUGUUCAAAGAGGGCACCGACACCAUUGGGGACCUGAGUGUCACCUAUGGAGGGGUAGCCGCUUCCACCGUCAGUGCACACAAAUCUUGCCAUCAGCUUCUCGGCAGGCACUGGAAUGAGCGAAUGAUGGAUGAGGCUUGCAGGCUGCUUCUGGAUGAAAUCUCCCUCCCAGGCUCAGCUCCUGGGGGCAAGGUGGAGUUCAAGAGGACACUGAUAGUCAGCUUCUUCUUCAAGUUCUACCUAGAGGUUUUGCAGGAACUGAGGACACAAGUAAAGCUAUCCUCUGGAAGCCAUCGUUAUCCUGAAAUUGCACACUCACCCCUAAGCACUCUGGAAGAUUUCCCCGGCAUAAUACCCCAGGGAGUCCAAACGUACCAGAGAGUGGAUUCUCACCAACCCCUCCGAGAUCCCGUCGGACGUCCUAUCAUGCACCUGUCAGGUCUUAAACAUGCCACGGGUGAAGCCAUAUUUUGUGAUGACAUCCCAAGGGUGGAUAAAGAACUUUCCAUGGCUUUGGUGACCAGUACCAGGGCUCAUGCAAAAAUCAUAUCAAUUGAUACAUCCGAGGCUCUUCAACUACCUGGGGUGGUUGAUGUGGUAACAGCUGAAGACAUUCCAGGCACCAAUGGUACUGAAGAUGACAAAUUGUUAGCCAUAGAUGAGGUACUUUGUGUGGGCCAGAUCAUAUGUGCUGUGGUUGCAGAAACCGAUGUGCAGGCAAAACGAGCAACUGAAAAGAUAAAGAUCACCUAUGAAGACCUGGAACCUGUCAUUUUCACCAUUGAGGAUGCCAUAAAACACAAUUCAUUCUUAUGCUCUGAAAAAAAGCUGGAGCAAGGAAAUAUUGAGAAGGCAUUUGAAAUGGUGGAUCAAAUUGUUGAAGGAGAAGUCCACGUUGGAGGACAAGAACAUUUUUACAUGGAAACACAAAGAGUCCUUGUUAUUCCUAAGACAGAGGACAAAGAACUGGAUAUUUAUGUGUCCACACAGGAUCCAGCCCAUGUUCAGAAAACAGUGUCUUCCACUCUAAACAUCCCCAUCAACAGGAUCACCUGCCAUGUAAAACGAGUGGGUGGAGGCUUUGGAGGGAAAGUGGGCAGGCCUGCUGUGUUUGGGGCACUUGCUGCAGUGGGUGCUAUCAAAACUGGUCAUCCCAUUCGUCUAGUUCUGGAUCGUGAGGAUGAUAUGCUAAUUACUGGGGGAAGACACCCAUUAUUUGGAAAAUAUAAAGUGGGAUUCAUGAACAGCGGGCGAAUCAAAGCUCUAGACAUUGAGUGCUACAUCAAUGGAGGAUGUGUGCUGGAUGACUCGGAGCUGGUAAUAGAAUUUCUUAUACUGAAGCUGGAAAAUGCAUAUAAAAUCCGCAACCUCAGACUCCGAGGCCAUGCAUGCAUGACACACUUGCCAUCUAACACAGCUUUUCGUGGGUUUGGCUUCCCACAAGGAACCCUAGUGACCGAAUCUUGCAUCACUGCUGUGGCAGCCAAAUGUGGGCUUCCUCCAGAAAAGAUUAGGGAAAAAAACAUGUACAAAACGGUUGAUAAAACCAUCUACAAACAAGCAUUCAAUCCUGAGCCCCUGAUAAGAUGUUGGAAUGAAUGUCUGGACAAGUCUUCCUUUCACAGUAGAAGAAUACAGGUGGAAGAGUUCAAUAAGAAGAAUUACUGGAAGAAGAAAGGCAUUGCUAUUGUUCCCAUGAAGUUUUCAGUGGGCUUUGGUGCAACAAGCUAUCACCAGGCAGCUGCACUUGUUCAUAUCUACACAGAUGGGUCUGUUUUGAUCACACAUGGUGGCAAUGAACUGGGACAAGGCAUUCAUACCAAAAUGCUGCAGGUGGCCAGCCGUGAAUUAAAACUACCCAUGUCCUAUAUGCACAUCUGUGAAACAAGCACAGCCACGGUGCCUAAUACAAUUGCUACAGCAGCAUCCAUCGGCGCCGAUGUCAAUGGCAGAGCUGUGCAGAAUGCUUGUCAGAUCCUAUUGAAACGCCUUGAGCCCAUCAUUAAGAAAAAUCCAGAAGGUAUAUGGGAAGACUGGAAAAUCAGAACAGACAUCGUCAUGGAUGCAUGUUGCAGCCUAAAUCCGGCUAUUGACAUUGGGCAGAUAGAAGGUUCAUUUAUUCAGGGCAUGGGCCUUUAUACCACUGAAGAGCUGCAAUAUUCCCCAGAGGGUGUCCUCUACACUAGGAGCCCAGAUGAGUAUAAAAUUCCAACCAUCACUGAUGUCCCUGGGCAGUUCAACGUCUCCUUGUUGCCAUCAUCUCAAACUCCACUAACCAUUUAUUCAUCCAAGGGCCUUGGAGAGUCUGGGAUGUUCCUGGGGUCAUCUGUGUUCUUUGCCAUUGCUGAUGCUGUAGCUGCGGCCCGCAGACAAAGAGACAUAACUGAAGACUUCACAGUCAAGAGCCCAGCAACACCAGAGUGGGUUCGAAUGGCCUGUGCAGACUGGUUCACAGAAAUGAUCCCAAGAGAUGACCCUAAGACAUUUAAACCUUGGUCUAUACCAAUAGCAUAAUCCUACUUCAUUUCCUAAAAGAUAUUACACUUUUGCAAAUGGAAAAACAGCUUGUUAAUUCUACUUGGAUUCUAAACUAUAAUCCUGAGCACAUUAUUGUAGUUGUAUUACAUUAUCAAGAUGAAUCAUGACAACAAAUUAUAUACUUGGACUCAGCUUAAAACUACCAGACAAGCACUGCAAUAUCUAAAGCCAGCAUCUAUAAUGCUCAUUUGUUUUGAAAAGAUCAUGUGAAUGUUGUGUCAAAAGCAAAUUUUGCAUUAUCAUGUCCAUCCAGUUUAACAGCUGCACAUACAGGUCGCAAUCAUUGAAUGAAAGAUGUUUCACAGGAGAUUAACUUGUAAUGACUUUUCCCCGUGAGAUAUUUGAUUAUAUACCCACAGAGGUAGCAACACCAUAAGAUUUCUGCUUUUACUGAGGCCUGGGAAUAGGUUCUGGGUAUAUAUAUUUGACAGCAAAGGAGUCCUAUUUUCCUGAUGUAUACGGACUAUUUGACUGGUUAGCAUUCCUUUGGAAUAUGGAGGGGAGGGAGCAGU